UGUCUAAACCGGGCUCGGCUGUCCAGCUUUUCAUGAUUCAGUGCCCCGGCGCUGGAGACGAACCGCUGGAACUCAAAACCCUUCCCGCCGGCGGCGAGUGGCUAUGCCCAAGAGCAGUGGAAAGCUCUUGUUUUCCGCCUUGCUGAAGGCCUUCAAGUCAAACGUCGCCGAGGUAUACCCGGCCACCUCUGGGCUCCCAACCAUAAACAAGCUUCUCAACAAACCAUAUGGCAAUCCUCCGACCUCUCCCAACUCCUCCUCCGUUCCUACGGAGAGUUCAAAGAGGGCCAUCUCCAGCCUAGCCGACAUGUUCGUUUUGCAGUUAAAGAAAACGUCUCCGCAAGGCCCUGCGCAGGAAUCAUGUGCUGAAAUAACGAGUGAGAUAUCUUCCAUCAUUCCCAGUUUUGAUGACCCCGAAUCACCUACGACACAGGCGAACUUUGAGGACCCUUGCGGAAAUCAGUAUCUGAAUGGCUUACAUCAGAGGAAGAAGGAAACAUCUAGAUUUCGGAAGCAAAAGGUUAUUUUGAAGAACGUGAAGUCUCGGCAUUUUUUAAAACUUAUGGAAGUAUGUGGAGAGAAGCUGGAUGUUGAAUCUACCCUAGGUUUAUUUGGUAGGUUAGGUAGACAAAUAAGCUUGAAGGAAUAUAAGACAUUGAUAACACUCUGGCUAGGAAAGGCUAGAAGCAUUAAUGUUAAAGAUUCUUUGGGUUAUCUUCAAAAGUUGUUUCAUCUCUUUAAAUCCAUGAGAGAAAGGGGUUUUCAGAUUCCGGAAGAUUGUUAUGGUCCUCUUUUCGUGUAUAUGAUUGACAUGAGAAUGAGGGAUGAAUUCAAAGUCUUUACUGACUUUAUUAAAGAUUAUGACGAUGGAUCCUACACCAAAUUAGGUUAUUAUGAGAUGUUAUUUUUGAUUAAGAUUGGUGAUAAAUGCAGAAUUAAGGAACUAUGCAGCUCCAUAGCAGCUGGCUGGGGCGCUGAUAAUAAUAAAUUAGCAGAGAGCUAUUUGUUGGCCUUAUGUGAAAAUGAUAUGGAGGAGGAGCUGAUCCAAUUACUAGAAGCAUUUGAUAUGGGUGGUAUUUUGUCAUUGGAGCUUGCAUCAUGCAUAUCUAAAUCUAUAGGGAGGUUGAAGCUAGAGAAUUUUAUUGAGAAGUUUAUUUUGGCAUUCAAGAUUAGAGGAACGGAGGAAGAGAACAUUUCAUGUUUCAUCUAUGAUUAUGCUUCCAGCAUACCUAAUUUAGCGGUUGAAGAUAUUAUAUCAAAAUUUGAAAAGCUACAUGAGAAAAUUGAAGUCAUACCUACUGUUGCAUCUUGGGACAAGCUGAUCAAACUUUCUUGCAAUUUGUCCAAGGUACAAGUAUCUCUUGACAUAGCUGACCGUAUGUGUCGAUCUGGUUUGGUUGUUUCAGUCGAAUCUUUUCAUCCAAUUUUGCAUGCAUGUGAGCAAACUUCUGAGUUUGACCUGGUCCAUCACAUAUAUUCAGUGAUUUGCCGUCAUAACUUGAAGCCAAGCGGAGAUACUUUCAAAAGUCUGAUAGUAUUGUGUACAAAGAUGAAAGAUUUUGAGGGUGCUUACAACCUUUUGAAAGAUGCAAGGGAGAUGAAAGUGAUGCCAAUGACAGGCAUGUAUAAUGCAGUCAUGGCUGCGUAUUUUCGAGAGAAAAACAAUUAUGGUGCAUUGAUGGUUCUCCAGCAAAUGCAAGAUUUAAAUAUUAAGCCAGAUUCUGAGACUUACAGUUACAUGAUAUCCAACUGUGGAAGUGAAGAGGAUAUUGUCAAGUAUUAUGAUGAAAUGCAACACACAGGAGUUCAAGCAACAAAAUAUGUUUACAUGGCCCUUAUUAAUGCAUAUGCCACCUUUGGGAAAUUUGAAAAGGCUAAACAGGUGAUUCGAGAUGCUGACAUUCCACAUAGAUACUUGAACGAAAUCCGGAGUGUACUUGUAUCAGCUCUUUCUUCAAAUGGACAAAUAUCUGAAGCGCUUAUUGCAUAUGAUGAAAUUAAGCAAGCUGGUGACAAAAUUCAACCCAAAGCUGCCAUAAGCCUCAUUGAAAACCUUCAAAAUGAAGGCAAUUUGGAUAGGUUGCAGCAGCUUCUGGAUGACUUAAUUGAGUCAAGCUACUGGUUUGAUGGGUGCAGUAGAGUUGUAUUGUAUUGCGUGCGGCACAACUUAGCUCGAACUGCAGUCGAGUUACUUGAGGACCUCAAGAAGAAAGAUGAAUCAAGUACAUAUAUUGUUAUUGAUCAGGUCUUCAGCGGAAUUUGGUCAAAUGAAACUACAAACUUGGAAAUUGGGCUCGAGUUGCUGCGAGCUAUUAAAGAAGAGCUACAUCUUUGUGUUAGUCGAAUUAGUCUGGAUUUUCUUCUAAGUACCUGUGUAAAAGCUAAGGAUGCACUGCGUGCCCAGCUGGUUUGGUCUGAAUAUGAAGUUGCUGGACUUCCAUACAACAUCUUAACUUUUUUGAGGAUGUAUCAAGCUCUACUAGCGUCCGGCGAUAUCAAUGCAGCAUCAAAUAUUCUGAAGAGAAUAACAAAGGAUGAUCCUCAUGUUCGAUACGUCAUCGAGUCUUGUAAAGCCACUUACAGCAAUAAACAUUACAACAACCCCAAAAUUACAUAGGUAUUAUGUAUCCUUUUAUGAUAGGGAAAUGUGCUCUCAUUUCUCAUUUUGAUAAAUUAUUUCUUGGUUGAAUUACACAGCCUAAGUGGGAUUGAUAUUGAAAUUUCAGAAACUUCACCCUUUACUUGGAUUAAUUACAUACAUACCCACUAUUUCAAUAUCUAACACCUAAACUUUCGAUGUGUAAUUACGUCGGAAUAAGUUUAUGGUAUGUAUGUAAAUCCCCCAAUUGUACUUCGAAAUGUGCCCAGAACAUAGUGCUGAAAAUUUAGAAAAACACAUCUAAAUGUUGGAACUUAAGGUUUCAUUUUCAA